UACAAUUAUGCAAAUUAUGCAACAAAUUGUCAAUUAUGUGUUGCAUAAAUUAUGCAUUAAAAAUCCAAAUUAUGCGAAAAUUAUGCAAACACAUAAACCUGGGGUCUCUACUACAGUAGAUGACACUAACAAAACUUGUCAUUCAAAAGCUUCUAAACUUGAUCUUUCUUUACAAGAAGAAAUUCUAGUCAACACUGAUUUGCCCCUUUCUUCUCAAAAACAUUCUUCAAUUGUUGAUUUACCUCUUUCUUUACCUGAAUUUUCUGAUGAUGAUGAAAUAAUUGACUUGGAAGCCCCUGAAUAUGAUAAUGAAAAUACUAACAUAAAUAUUAUUGAAGAUAAUAAUAUAGGUGAAACCUCUAAGAAGAAAAAUCAUCGAGUUUAUUAUACAGGUGUUGCUCCCAGAACAAUUAGAUAUUAA